AUGUCUCGACACCAAAACUUCGAUACAAGAUUCACAAAGAUAUACCUGGGAGGUUUGCCUUGGAAAACAAGAAAGGAAGGGUUGAUAAGCUUCUUCCAACGUUUCGGAGAAAUCAUCCAUGCUAACGUGGUUUGCGAUCGAGAAACAGACCGAUCUCAAGGUUAUGGCUUUGUCACGUUUAAAGAUGCUGAAUCCGCAACUAGGGCUUGCAAGAAUCCGAAUCCGACAAUAGAGGGACGAGUAGCAAGUUGCAACCUCGCUUACGUUGGUGCUAAAGUUAAACAUAACCAAUCCAAUACCAACCUCGUCCCUUCAAGUCAUGUUGACCUUCGUUACAAUACAUCCCCGAGUAUUUCUCAAAACAUGCAACCAUUUAUGUACGCUGGACCUCAUGCUCCUCCUCAAUGGAACCAAAUGUAUCCGCAACAUCCUCAACAGUACUACAACUAUCCACAGUUUUACGAUUAUCCUCAACAGUAUCCGCAAUGUUAUCCUCAAUAUGAGCCGGUGUCUUACGAACAAUAUUACCCUAUGGUGAACACGAACCAGUACUGCGACUAUCCGACGCAGCAGCAAUUUAUAAACGCUGUUAACCUAGAAUCGAGCAGCUCCACGUCGGCUACACCACCAGAGCAGACGGAGUUGGCUUCCACCACACCAGAGUCUUCGUCACCUAAAACGACUUCUAAGAAUAAUACUAGUGAUGAUUCAGGGUCUGGUGGAAACAAGCAAAGUUAG